AUGAGCUUUAACGAUAACCGUUGGACCAGCACAGUGAGCGACUGGGUUUACCGCGAUAUUGAGCGCACUACAAGAAGACCGCUGACCCAAUGCUCAGAUUUCUUCACGAAGUCCUUCAAAGAAAAUUAUGAUGCUCUUCGUGGUUUUAUGCGAAAGGAGGAACCACUGGGCGACUCUGGCAUGCGAUCGGGACAAAUGGAAGAAUUACUGGCGUCCGCUCGACCACUUCGGAGAUCAACGGGAGUCAAGGUUAUCAAGCAACAGCUAACGUUUCGGCGUUAUCGCCUUUGUCAGAGCCUGGAAAAAAUCAACGGCAUUAGCGAUUUAUUCUCUCAAGCCCCUCAUCACCCUACAGAAAGCAUUCAAACGAUAGGAAAUGGCAUUCUUGCUCGUGCCUACAGAUUUUUUCACAAAAAUGUUCCCAUGCAACAAAUGUUCAUGUAUAAAAAGGAAACUUACUAUGACUAUGAAAGUGACAUUGUGCUGGUGCGAAUGUUUAACUCAAAUGACGUCACACUUUAUUCCAACAAAAGCCAGCAGAUAUCAGAAGGCAGUCAUGUAGAUGUGAUUUCGCGAAGUCAAUACUACAAAUGGUUUCAACGCUUUGAAAAUGGAAAUGAGAGCUUAGAAGACGAAGAACACCGACGUCGUCCUCAAGUGGUAGACGACGAAUUACUGAAGAAGGCGAUCGAAUCUGAUCCGACACAAACUGCAAGAAAACUUGCCCUAGAGUUCGGAUGUUCGAAUUCGACAAUUGACGAGCAUUUACAUACAAUUGGGAAGACAAAUCGGUGCGGCAAAUGGGUUCCUCAUAAGCUGAGUGAUGAAAAUAAAGCUGUCCGUAAAUCGAAAAAAAAUCGAAGAGUUGGGCUGGAAAGUUUUGCCGCAUCCGCCGUAUAG